AUCAAACCAUUGGACGGUGAUCAUCGAUGAAAUGAUUGUCGUUAAACAUUGCGUCUGAAGACAAUUGUUAACGCUUAAUAUCGACUGAAGAGAAUUUAAACUAACAAUUUGCCGUUGGAGUUUUCAUUGUAGGGACAAAUCUAGUGAUGGAAACACCCUAGGGAGUUUCUUCGUAAGAGGAGUCCAGCCUGACUUUCAUGAAGAGUUAUCUUCAGACAAAGUGUCCGAAAACGCGGGUAGUUAUCCAUCGAUUUAAACGAUUACAUCAAAGUGCACGUGUAAUCUGUUUUCGUGUGAUUUACCAUGUUGCUGAAAAGUGUGGCGGUUUUUGCCGAGAGAAAAAAAAUCUAUGCACAAAAGUUUGCUGCAUAUAAGAAUGUCAAGGAACUUAAUAAACAUGAUCGUGAGAAGAUUUUGAAUAUUUUAUGUGAUUUUUUGAUGAAUUCAAAGUGUACCGACGAUGUUGCUGAGUGUUUUCCACAAUUAUUACCCGCAUUAGUUUCUACAAGCAUACCUCUGGAGAAAGUUUCUUUCAGUGAUGGAGAUGUGUUUCACAAAUUAAAUUGUGUUAUUUUAGGAAAACUUAUUUCCAAGAAUCGUGAUUUAUUAACAUUUGUUCUACAUUAUUUCGAUGUCAAUCUAGCACCAUUCGAGUCACUAGAAGAUGAUUAUACUCCAUCUUCUAAAAAACAUAACAGAAGGAGAGCAUCGUCUAUUCCUGAAAUUUCCGAUUAUGAUUUAAUAAAAUCAUGCUAUGACAUUCUGUGCAGUGCACCAAUGCAUUUUCAGCAUAUAUGGAAUUGGUCCAAGUUUUAUAAAUAUUUGACUGCUGAAGAUGAAGCUGUUAAAUGGGUAGCAACGAAUUGUAUUGUAAUAGUAUUAGAAAUGUCAGAAUCAUCUAGUGUAAAUCAUCUGAUUAACUUAUUUCCAAAGAGCCAUGAACUUUUUUUACUACAUAGAAAAGUUAGUCAAAAUAACAUAACAUCCGUAGACACUGAUGAAAUAGAUGAAUUGUUUAGUGAUCUGAAACCGGUAGUUCCUAUUGGAGGAGUCCUCCUUCCAGUCUUCAAUAAAUUAAAGUCUAAUAAAGAAACGAAUUUAAUACCAGUACCAUCCACCAGAAGAAAUUUGCAAAAUGUAGCGUUUGCAGUGUCUUCUAAUAAAUGUGUAUGCUUAGAAGGUGUUGUUGGUUCUGGAAAGACCGCAUUAGUGGAUUUCCUAGCAGAGGCAACAGGCCAUGAUGCAAAGAAUUUUGUGAAAGUACAAUUAGGCGAUCAAACAGACUCUAGAAUGUUAUUAGGAAUGUAUUUAUGUACUGAUAUCCCUGGAGAAUUUCUGUGGCAACCAGGCAUUUUGACGGAAGCUGUAUUAUCUGGCAAGUGGCUACUUCUGGAAGACAUUGAUUGUGCCCCAACAGAUGUUCUCAGCGUUAUUGGGCAACUUGUUGAAAAUAAAACAUUAUCGGUUCCUGGAUACAGAGAUUGUAUACGUGUAAAGAGUGGAUUCCAGUUAUUUGUCACUGUGAGAUUAGCAGCUGAAGGAGCACGCAGGUCACUCAAAAUGCCCAUACCAUACCAGAAAGAUUGGGUCAGUGUUUAUGUGGAACCAUUAUCCAAAGAAGAACUUGUGACUGUUGUGCAAGUCUUAUAUCCAGUGUUACAAACAGUGGCCACAAGAAUGAUCGAUGUAUUUUUGUUGUUUUCCGUCGAUAAUCACGAAGAUGAUGCCAUAAAUAGUAUACGAAAUGCCAGACAGAUUUCUACUAGGGAUUUGAUUAAGUGGUGCUCUAGAGCUGUUGUUGAUUUUGAUGUAUCAUCACCUGUAUCCGCAUUAAAAAUAUUUCAAGACGCUUUGGAUGUCUUUUGCUGUUCCGUAUCCAACUGUGCUCAACGACUGAAUUUAGCAAUAGCAGUAGCAAACAAGUUAGGUAUUAUAAAAACAAAAGCAGAGUACUUUUGCAACGUGCACAAGCCAUCAGUGAACAUAUAUAAACAGAGUUUAACAGUUGGCAGGGCAAAAUUGGACAUAAAAAGAUCCGAAAGCGUUAAACUCGCAAAUAAAGGUUCGAAUUUCUCUUACACAAGACCAUCCGUGUGUCUCUUAGAGCGAAUAGCCAGUUGUGUUGCUCAGAAGGAGCCCGUUCUUCUCGUCGGCGAGACUGGAACAGGCAAAACGAGUUGCAUUCAAUAUCUCGCGCAAAUAACGGGUAGCAAGUUAACAGUGAUAAACAUGAAUCAACAGAGCGAGAGUACGGAUUUGCUUGGCGGCUAUAAACCAAUAGAUUUCAAGCUGCUCAUGCUUCCAAUUCGCGAAGAAUUCGAAGUUCUGUUCCGAUCGUAUUUCGCGAUCGAGCCUAAUAAAAAGUUUCUCACCCACAUUGGACAUUGCUUCGAAGAGAAAAAGUGGAAGACACUGUCCACUCUGAUGACUCAUAGCACAGCCGCAGCAUUGAAAAGAUUAAGAGCAAGUCCAACGAAUCAGGACACACUGAAGAUGUUGAAGAAGUGGGAAAUCAUGGCUCAGAAAUUGGAGAAACUGCAAUCCCAGGUACAGAGCAAUUAUUCAUUGGCAUUUUCUUUCGUCGAGGGCGGCUUAGUGAAGGCGUUGAAGAAUGGAGACUGGGUUUUACUGGACGAGAUCAACUUGGCUGCCGCAGAAACAUUAGACUGCCUGUCUGGCUUACUGGAGCACUCUGGCGGAUCACUCUCUUUGUUAGAGCGCGGGGACAAGGAACCGAUUAAAAGGCAUCCGGAUUUCGCAAUUUUCGCGUGUAUGAAUCCAGCCACCGAUGUUGGGAAGAAGGAUCUUCCCGUGGGACUCAGGAAUAGAUUUACAGAAUUUUUUGUCGAUGAGCUUACAGAGAAGUCCGAUUUACAGCUUCUUGUGACCUCGUACUUGAAAGACCUAAACCUUCCAAACGAGAAGAUCGAUAAUAUCGUUAAGUUUUACUUGAACAUCAGGAAGGAGGCUGAAACGAACCUUCUCGAUGGAAUCGGCCAUAAACCACACUAUAGCUUAAGGACAUUAUGCAGGGCAUUGAGCAUAUCUUCGCAGAAUCCAUGCGGAAACGCAUUGAGAUCUCUGUACGAAGCAUUCUGUUUGAGUUUCCUAACACAACUGGACAGCCAGUCCUAUCCGUUGGUACUAAAAAUGAUAGUGAAAGCUAUCCUAGGCAAUAAGACUGCAAGUGCACUUCUCGGGACCCCUAUUCCAAGGCCACAUAGUGUAGUUAGCGACAGUUAUAUCAAUUUUGCAGGAUACUGGAUUCACAAGGGUGACCUUAACCCUGAAAUUUCAGAGAGCUACGUACUUACAGAGACCGUAAGACAGAACUUGAAGGAUUUACUACGGGUAGUGUCCAUUGGAAAAAUGCCUGUGUUGUUACAAGGAGACACAUCUGUCGGAAAGACCAGCUUGAUCACCUAUUUGGCGAAAGCCUCUGGACAUAUCUGUGUUAGAAUUAACAAUCACGAGCAUACCGAUCUGCAAGAGUAUGUUGGUACUUACAUAGCUGACUCUACUGGAAAAUUAGUCUUCAAAGAGGGUAUUCUAGUAGACGCCAUGCGCAAAGGAUAUUGGAUAAUCCUGGACGAAUUGAAUUUGGCACCUAGCGACGUUCUGGAAGCUUUGAACAGAGUUCUCGAUGACAAUAGGGAAUUGUACAUCCCAGAGACGCAACAGGUUGUUAAGGCAAACGAGAAUUUCAUGCUGUUCGCCACCCAGAAUCCUCCAGGAUUGUAUGGCGGAAGAAAGGCGUUGUCGCGCGCAUUCAGAAAUAGAUUCGUCGAGCUGCAUUUCGCUGAAAUCCCACCGGUAGAGUUGGAAGAGAUAUUGCGCAAAAGAUGUAGAAUGCCGGAGACGUACUCGAAACAAGUAAUCGGAGUGAUGACAGAGCUUCAAGUCAGAAGAAAGAGUACUGCUACAUUCGCUGGCAAGAAGGGGUUUAUGACUCUCAGAGAUCUGUUCCGCUGGGGAGAAAGAUACCGACUGGCGCCUGCUCACGAGGGUGUUCUAUACGAUUGGAGCCAGCACUUGGCCGACGAAGGGUAUCUGGUCCUUUCCUCGAAAGUUCGCUACGCCGAGGAACAUUCAGAGAUUAUACAGGCCAUAAAGAAGCAUCUGAAACGAGACGUCGAUCCAGAGUCUUUGUUCGUCGACAGCGAGAAGACGUCACCCGUGACUAAAGAAAUCGUGAAGUCUCUUUACGGAAGCAGUGUACAGGAGUUUGAGCACGUGGUUCCUACAUACCCAAUGAUUAAGAUGGCGGUGCUGCUCACGAAGGCCUGCGAAUUCAAAGAGCCAGUGCUCCUGAUAGGCGAAACGGGAUGCGGCAAAACGACAGUCUGCCAGAUGCUGGCGAGAUUCAGGAAUCAAGAGCUCAGCACCAUUAAUUGCCACAUGCACACGGAAGCCUCAGACUUCCUGGGCAGCCUUCGACCUGUUAGGGAGCACAAGGAUAACCAGAAAUUGUUCGAAUGGGUGGACGGGCCUUUAGUGCAAGCCAUGAAGGAGGGAGGUUUCUUCUUGGCGGAUGAGAUAUCUCUGGCAGAUGAUAGCGUCCUUGAACGAUUGAACUCUCUGUUAGAACCUGAACGCAAGCUUUUGAUCGCCGAGAAAUCGUCUGACGAUGAAGACGCGACCAUCACUGCACACGAGGAUUUCAUCUUCGUUGGUACCAUGAAUCCUGGUGGCGAUUACGGGAAGAAAGAACUGUCACCUGCACUGAGAAACAGGUUCACCGAAAUUUGGUGCGGCGGCUGUCCAUCGCCCAAAGACCUCGACCUCAUUAUGCAACAGAACCUUCACUUUGAAGUGCAGGAUUGCUCGGGUAUUAAGUCAGGAAUCCUGGAGUUCCUCGAGUGGCUGAAGAAAACGGAGAUAGGAAAGAAGCUGGUCGUCAGUAUCAGAGAUGUAAUGACGUGGGUGACGUUCAUCAACUGCUGCGUAGACGCGAAGAUGGAAGAAGCUUUCGCUUUCUACCACGGAGCCGCGGUGACGUUCAUCGACGGUCUGGGAUCCGGCGCCACUGCUAAUGAAAAUCCAGCGAAGUUGAAAGAGUUCAAAGAUUCGGCGACAGAGUUUAUCAAACGUCGAGCAUGGGACAUCAGUAAAACCGAGUUGGAUUUCAGCUGCGAACAAGCGGAGAUAGAAACUAACGAAUGCAAUUUCGGCAUUUCGUCGUUCUACGUGACGAAGAGUUACAUGCCAAUUCCGGAUAACAUAGGUUUCACUUUCACGAGUCCGACGAUUAAAAUGAACACGUUGAAAGUUCUGCGCGCUGCGUACUUGAAUAAACCAAUAUUAUUGGAGGGCAGUCCAGGAGUUGGCAAGACCGGCUUGAUCUAUGCUAUCGCCGUAGCAUCCGGGCAUCGCAUUCUUAGGAUAAAUCUCAGCGAUCAGACGGACAUUUCUGAUUUAUUUGGAGCUGAUUUGCCAGUCGAGGGGGGCAGGCCUGGAGAAUUUUCAUGGAGGGACGGCGUAUUCCUCAGGGCCAUGAGGAAUGGCGACUGGAUCCUCCUCGACGAAUUAAACCUUGCCUCCCAGUCGGUCCUGGAAGGGCUGAACGCUUGCUUCGAUCAUCGCGGAGAAGUGUACAUUCCAGAAUUGACGAUGAACUUCCAAGUGAACCAGAACACGCGAUUCUUCGCUUGCCAGAACCCUCUGCGCCAAGGCGGAGCUAGACGCGGACUUCCAAAGUCAUUUCUGAAUCGUUUCACACAAGUUUUCAUUGACGCCCCGAACCAAGAAGACUUGCUGAUCAUCUUGAAGAGUCAGUUCCCGCAGUUCCCCGAACUGUUACUAACCAAAAUGAUCACGUUCAACGAGAAAGUGUCUUCCGAAGCUGGCGUCACGUGGGCUCAUUCGGGGUCACCGUGGGAGAUGAACAUCAGGGAUCUCGUCAGGUGGUGCCAAAUCACCUUGGAGGCUCGUACACCCACAGCGGUCGUACUUGACCCCGCGAGGGGUGCUCGGUUACUUUACAUCGACAGAAUGAGGACAGAACAAGACAGAGCGAAGGUGAUAGAGAUUUUCAAUGAAGUAUUCCCGUUGGAGUAUUUCCCCUUGCCGGACUCAGAGUACUCUGUUUGCUUUAUACGAGAGAGGGUCUUUGCAGGGCUUUAUGAUGUGUUAUGUCGUACGCAGUCUAUGGUGCUCGGGGAAGAUGAUUUGUUGCUACUCAGAAGUCAGAAGAAUGUUUUCAGAAGCCUCGUGCAGUGCGUUCACAUGAAUUGGAUAAGCAUCCUUAUUGGAGACACCGGAAGCGGGAAGACCAGUCUCGUUCAUCUUCUGGCGAGUGUGGCAGGGCAGAAGCUGAAAACGAUCGUCGUGAAUUCCGCGACGGACACCAUGGAACUUUUGGGUGGCUUCGAACAGACGGAUUACGAUCGACACUUCGAGGAAUUGCUGGAUCGCACCGAGACGCUGUUAAUCGAAAUCCUGAGGAGGAUGCUGCUGGAGGGCUGUUUGGAUCAGGUGUCCUAUUACCAUGCUCUCCUGGAGAACGUCCGACAUUUGUCUAAAGACGACGGUAGAACAAAGGAGACGACGAUGUCCACGGAAACGGAACUGUUCCUCCGUAAAACCGAGGAAUUAUCGAAGCUGGUGUCGGUCAUGAAAAUGCUGUCGCGCGAACGCGAGGCGGAGCUGCAGCAGAUCAAGCAGAAGCUGGCCGAUCUGUUGGUCGCCGUGAAAAAAGAGAAAUGUUUGAACGCUGGCGGGAAGUUCGAGUGGGUUGACAGCGUGCUCGUCAAGUGUCUACAAAAUGGCACCUGGCUGCUGCUCGACCAAGUAAAUCUCUGCAGUCCGGCGGUAUUGGACCGAUUGAACGGGCUGCUGGAGCCGAACGGUAUCCUGGCAAUAAGCGAGAAAGGUGUCGACGAGCAUGGGAACGCGUUCGCCAUCAAGCCCCACCCGAACUUCCGGUUGUUCUUCACUAUGAACCCUCGUUACGGCGAGAUCUCCAGAGCCAUGCGCAACAGAGGCGUGGAGAUCGUGAUCUUGCCAGCAUCAUCAUUGCAAGAGUACAAUGCGUUGGACAUCAGAUCGUUGCUGGCUAAAUGCGGCGUGCGACGUGCGACGCAGCAGAGUGCCCUCAUGAAGGUCCACGAUUAUUUGCACGAUAAACAAUUCCGUCUGGACGAGCUGCUGCGGGCGGCUUCGUUUACCAACCAGCAAGUGACCAAAGGGUUCACGUUCGAGGAAUCAGUGCGGAACUCUUAUCGCGAGGUCUUGGCUACCCUCGACCCGAGGUCGAAGAGAGAAGCGAUGGGAAAGGUCGAAGAGAUACUGUCCUCUUUCAAUAGAGAGGAUCGGUCGGUUGACGAUUUGUAUGACUUUGACGCGAUUAGUCCCGCCACUUCCGAUCUUUGUAGGAAUUCUGCGCUCGCGUUCGUCGAUCAGCAGGUGUUCUUGUUGAGGACUGCUGUGAAGAUGCUGAGAUACGACCCGGCGAAAAUACAUUUCGACCUGUUCGAGAAACCUCCGGUUACGGACACCAAGGAAUUCGUGAAGCUCCUUUUGCUCGAUUUCUACGGGAGAUCAUCGUUCACCGACAAGGAGUUCCGGCGCGCCCGGUGCUCGUCUAUUUUCGGGAAAAAUGACUCCGACAGUUUCGGGAAACUCGCCGAGGUUCUCUACAAGAGAGUGAACGAGUUGAACAUCUUCUUCCAUAAGAAUGCGUCUCUGGAGUUUUCGCUCGGCUGGCAUCAGAACAACCUCAUGCUCGCCUUGUAUUUCUCGGCGAUGACAUUCGACUGCGAGUCGCGGGUCAUUCAGAGAGAUGAUAACAUCAUGCUGCUGAUGGAUUACUCGCUUGCCGCCACGAAGGGUGAUCUAACCAGCAACCUGCUAGACAACUACAUCAUCGUCAACUUCGUAAAAAUACUGGAGAACUCAGCGGAUGUCAUUAACUGUUCCCUCCAUAACCCAAACCUGUACAUCACCAGCCUCAACUACGUGGUACUCCGAGAUCUCUUAAAAUGGUACCGAAGAUUCUACGACCUAGGGACCAUCCCAUUAGUCGACAAGACCCAGGGCACCUUCUUCGACCUGCGAGAAAUCACUUCACAAUUGGAAAUCCACUACGAGUGGCUAUCAGAGUUAUUCGACAAGCUGACCUCCGUGUUGGAAGCAAGUCCUUCCGACCCUCGGGAUCCACAACAAUGGAAUGACUCGUUAGACCAAUACUUCAACUCCACAACGGACGUAAACAAGCGGCACAGCAUUCAAGACAACAUCCGGACAUUUCUGCCGGCGCCGCAGCCACAUUUCACAGAAGAGACGAUGAGGUUCCACGAGAAAUUGAGGUCGACCUCGAGAAUGCUCGAGGUCACGGACGAGGACCUGAUCGAGCUGUCGAAGACGCGGCUGAAGAUCGCCUCGCUGGCUCUGCCGGAGAACAGAAGGGCCAGAGGGAAAUUGAUUGAAAUCCUCGCGGAGAGCUUCCGGGAUGACCGAGCCAUCGAAAACUCGGAGGAGCUGGAGAAUAUCGCCGCAGAGAUCGUGACACUCAAAGAGAUCGGUGCAAAAGAGGUUAACAGGCUCAAGGACUGCUGGGAGAUCGAGAUAUGGCCGAUCUACGAGUUUUUCUUCAUGACUUACGCUCUGUACUUUCAAAAGAAGCUGAGCAAGCAGCUGGUCUCGGAAUGCUCGCAAGGGAAUGAUGGAGAUGAUGGUUUGGUGAUUUGGGAGGAAUUGAAUGGAGGUUCUUGCGACGAGGAUAUUGAUGGGGAUUAUGAUAAACGGAUACUUGAGAAGUUUGAGACCGUUCCGACGAUACCUGUUCGUUUGAUCGGUUUAAUGAAGAGUUUGAAUUCGGAAGAGCUGCCUAAGAAACGGAGGAUCUGCUUGCUCUUCGAGUUUUCCGCUUUGCUCGAGGACUUCUCGCUGCGCACGGCUGCUUCGGGGAACUGCGACGCUUUUCUGCAGCUGUUUGACCAGAAGGAGAAGAAGGAUAAGGAGGAUGCGAAUGAGGAUAUAAAUAAGGACACGAGUGAGGAUAUGAACAAGGAUAAGGAUAGCAACGUUGAUUGUGAGAUGAACUGCUUCAACACGUGGACCCUCUGGAAGCUGAUCUCCGAGCUGCUCCCGCUGCAUUCCGGGACCAAGGCUCAAACGAUCAAUCUCAGGAAUCACGUUAACAAAAAGAAACUGUGGAGCGCAGUGCGGACGAUGGUCUGGCGGAAUUCUAAGGUGUUCGGUUCGAAGGAGUUCGACCCGCACUUGAACGACAGGGUCACUUUCUUGUCCACAGCGAAUUACUGCAUGUCCUGCAUCAGACGAGCGAUGAAGGACUACAAGCCUGUACCGAACAACGACAAAGAGCAGACGGUGAAGAGUCAGCUCGACGGUCUGCUGGAACUUCUGCAAGAAGCAGUGACGAGUCUGAAAAGUUCAGACGACAAGCUGAUGCGAUGUAAAGGUUGGAUAAUCCUUGGCCAGCUGCAGCUCUUCGUCUUUAAGAACGUGGGAGCCAUAGAUCCCGUGCAGAGGAUGGCCCUGAUGUCGAAGUACACUCGCGAGAACAUCACCGAGCUGGAGCACCUGAUGCUGAUCGAGAAUCUCCAGAGAACCGUGCUAGGUGUCCGCCUGCUUCAGCACCAGGAGCUGGCGAUCGUGAACCAUCUGCAGAGGUUGUCCAAGGAAAUGAAGAAUUUCGAGGGUUUCCAAGCGGCGAGGCCGACGUCGGGUUUCCUGGACCUGAAGGAGGAGAUCCAACGCUUCAGCAACAUCGUCGCCUCGGACUCGGCCAUCUCGCAGCACGUGAAGUCGAUGGAGGCGACCUACCAGGAUACAGAAGGAGACGUUCUGGAGAAAGGGGCGACCUUGGAGAAAGUCAAGGUCUGGAGGAAAUCAGUAAGACGGUUCUGGCAGAAGCUGGAGAGGAAGUUUCUAACUGGUUUCCCGGAUUUGGUGUUGCCUAUCAUCAGCGCUGUCUCGAAUCUGCACCACGGUGUCUCCCUGCUGCUGCAGUGCGAGAAUUCCCACAAUUCCCCCUGCGAUUCCUCGGUGAACCGUUACCUGAGUUUCCCCCUGACGAUGAGCCUCGACAAUCAUUACAUUUCCGAGAUCUGCGACGCCUUCAUAGGCGACCGUUACGAUAAAAUAGCAGAAGACGACAGGCAGUUUAACCUGCAAUACAGGGUGGUACUGGUUGCUCUUCGAGAAUUAGAGAACUGGUCCACUGUCGCGAGAGCUUAUAAUGGCCACAUGUCGGAUGACGAGUACGCUCCGAUAUUCGACAAAUUAUGCAUUGCAUGGUACACGGCCAGGUGUGUCACGGGCAUAUCGCUGACGGAGAAGAGUUGGUACGUAGUGAAGGAGGAUGAGAAGGAGGCGGAGAGGAAGGAGGAGGAAGAGUACCGGAGCCUGUUCCCCAGCUACCAGCAGGACUUCCUGGAGCUGGGAGCCCCGGCUUCCCAGAAGCCAUCAGAGGCUAGUAUCAAGAUAGAUGACUGCGUCGAGGUUCCUCAUAAGUUAGAGCAGGAGGCUGUGAGGAGUAUCCAGACCAUGUUUGACAAUUGGGACAGUGUAAAUUUUAGCUACUUGGAGGCGUUGACGAGUAGAUCAAGGAAUUCGAAGGAACCACAGCAUUUGGAACGCUCGGAAACAGAUUUCGUUAGUCCCUUGGUGCAACGGUUCCAGUUGUUCAGCGAGGGCGUUGGAACGGGGCAGACAAACUGGCGCACACCGUUGAUCAGCAGCAUGUCUGUCCUGAUGUCGACAAAGUCGGAUUCACGGGUUGGACGCAAGGACGUCUACGAUUUUUAUAGAGACCCAAACGUCAGUGAGGCGGAGGAAUGUUAUCCGUACCUUGAGAGGCUUACCGAGAGGGUCGACAGCUUCCUGGAGGAGUGGCCAGAGAAUCCCCUCUUGUAUUCCGUCAAGCAGAUCAUCGAGAGGCUGCUGGGCUUCCCGAUCGACUCGUCGUUGCUCAGGUUCCUGGUAGGCUUCGAGUUGCUGCUGAACAAGAUCCAGCAAUGGGAGGAGAACGCCCGUUCCGACGUCAGCCUGGCAGAGUUCAUCGAGUUCCUCGGCAGGAAGAUCCUUUAUUGGAGGAAACUCGAGCUGUCCAGGUGGAAGGACUCGCUGGAGAUCCUCGAGGAUGACCUGAGAGCGGAGUCUUCCAAGUGGUGGUUCCUGAUGUACCGUUGGCUAUCGGUAAUUUCAACCGCAGAGUGUCCUUUCUCCGAAUUCAUCAAUAACAGGGAAUACUACACGACGAUGUUCACCGAGCUCCUGACGAAAUCACCUUUAAUCCAAUUCGAACCCAGGCUUCGACUGCUUUACACUCUGUAUCAGUACAGUCACAUGGCCCAUCCUUGCGAGGUGUCCCAUAUGCUCUGGAACAUUUACCAUCGUUACCGUCCAUUUCUGAACGGCGUGAGGAACAAGAUAAAGUCGAUGAAAGAACCGAUCGCCAGAAAGGUGAGGGACACCGUCAAGAUCACCAGGUGGAACGACGUCAGCUACUGGUCUGUGAAGAACACCGCCGAGAAGACGCGCAGAACGCUGCACAAGCUGGCGAAAGAGUACCGGAAGUGUCUGCAGGAGCACGUCGCUGCCCACUUGACCGUGCCAACCGGUCCGGAAUCGUUGGACUCGUUCGUCAGCAGAGAUCUAGGCCCUGCUGAUUUCUUGGUGCAACUUGGAACCGGUGAACUGCGCAAAGGCGAGAAACUGGCUCUGAAAGCUCGCCAGUUCUGCGAGGAUAUUUUCAGCAAGCGCGGGUACUCCCAGAUCAGACACGACAUUGAGGCUUUCAUAGAGGACAGCCUGGAGGAGAGCAAGAAGUUGAGGAGCUUACAAGUGGACAAGACUCUGACGAAAGAGAAGCAACGGUCGCAAGCGAAGAGCAUCCUCCAGCAGAAGAAAUUGGCGUUGUCGAAUUACUUCAAGUCGCUGAACAAGCUUGGACUGUCUUACCGAGCCGGCGACUUAGCCUGGCGGUGUGAGACGUAUGAUGACGUGGAGUUGGCUUCGUUGUUGGAGCCGAAGAAUAUGUGGUACCUCGCGCUGGACAAGGAUCUGUAUGGAAACAUAGACAGAGGGUUCGUCGAGCAAGCGUCCGACGCUGAGAAAUAUUAUUUCGAGUCCUUGAUCAAGUUCGGCUUCCUGGACAGCAUCUUGAAGUCCGGGAAAAGCGACAUUGGAACGCGGAACAUGGAGCGUUUGCGGGGAUACUCCGUUCAUCUGAUCGUCCUGGCCAACGAGCAGAAGAGGAUGAUUUCUGAGUUUCUCUACCAAUCCCUCAUUAAUCUUAAAAGUGAAAUGUGGAGUGUCCACAAGUACGUGGAAACUUGGAGGAAAUCCGACACGUUGUAUAUCACCGAGAGGGACGUUAACGACAUGGAGUCAUUGAAUGUGCAGAAUUUCCUUCAAUGGCUGGAACUGACCAUGAAGCAGAUCGUUGUCUAUUUGGAAAGCUGUCCUUCGGAGCCUGUCGACGAGGAAAGUCUCCUUGACAUGAACAAGGGAGCGAGACCCGUUUCAAGACAGAGCGCUGUCGAUUCGGCAGUGCUCGUAAAGGACGCCCUGAAAGUGGUAGCGAGUUUGUCGCAGGAGUUCUACGAGUGUUUCGAAGUCGCGCUCAGACGUAGCUACGGUCUGUCUUUGUUGAUGCAGAGGGAGAACGUUGAUUUCCUUAGGACAUGCUUUCGGAAGAUCAACGAGGUGAAGGAGAAAAUGGUCAGUCUGAAUUCCGUGUUCACAGAGGAUCAUCCUGUCGCUUGCCAUGUUCGUUGCAUCGUGGAGAACAUCACCAGCAAGACUAAGUGCUUUGAGUCCUUAAUGGACUUACUGAUGAAGAACAAGGAUGAUGUGUAUACUUACAUUAUAAACCAAGAGGAAUAUCAGUUGAAGAAACUUGUCGACUCUUUGCUUCUUGGGAUUCAGAAGCAGCUUCGACGAAGCACUCGGGCAACGAAUAAAGGGAGAAAGGAUGUCGAAGAAGAAUCUGAAGAGGAGUCUGAAAAGAAUUUGUUGACGGGAAGAUUGGUAAGGUCGUUGAUAUGGGAUCUUAGAUGUAUAAAAGUGGACUGCCAGAAGGUUAAUAUCAGUAAGCUCAUGAUUCACCGAAGUAUUACUUUUUGGAAGAGGACACUUCCGCAGCACUUGCCACUGCUGCAACAAUUCAGCCUUCUGGUUCAUUAUUAUAUGUAUGAGCUGAUAGCUUCCUACCGUCUGACUUGCAAGCUACUUUAUCUACAGUUGAACGUCUUCCUUGAGUUAGCGAAGAACGGUUUCUGCCAGCCGGAAGACGCUCCUGAUGCCGAAGAGAGCCAAGAUGGUGGUCCAAGCGAGGGAGGAAUGGGAUUGGCUGACGGUGAAGGGACAAAAGACGUUUCAGACAGAAUAGAAUCUGAGGAUCAGUUAGAGGACACGAUAGGUCCUAACGAAGAGAAACAGGAGAGUGAGAAGAAGGACUGCAAGGAGGAAGACAAAGGUAUCGAGAUGUCGGAGAACUUUGACAGUCAUCAGCAGGACUUAAAUCCUGAUGAACAAGAGGAAAGCGACGAGGACGGUACUGACGAUCUUGAUAAGGAAAUGGGGAAACUUGAUUAUCCUGAUAAGACAGUUGAUGAAGAGCUGUGGAAGGACGACGAGGAGGAAGAAAAGGAAGAGGAUCAAGAAGAGAAGAAUGAGGAAAAGAAGGGCAACGGGGAGGAGACAGGUGAGCAGGAAAUGGGAGGAAAAGAUGGGGCUGAGGAUAAAGAUAAGAACGAGGAUGGAGAAAGGGAGCAGGAAGGUGGGAUGAAAGAAGAGGAGAAGAAGGAAAUCGACGAAUUCAAGGAGCCCGAGGUAAACGAUGACCAGAUAGACCCUUAUCAUGGGAAACAGCAGCCAGAGAUCGAGCCGGAAGCGUUUAACCUCCCAGAGGACAUUAAUUUGGACGACGAAACGAAAGAGGACAAGGACAAUGAAGAUCAAGAAGAAAAUCCGUUUGAUAUAGAUCAGAUAAAGGAGUCUAAAGCCCCAGAAGAAAAGGAACCAGAAGAGUCCAAAGAAGAUGGUCAAGAGGAAGAUGAACAUAGGAAUGAUGAUACUGAUGAAGAUGGUACUGAUGCAGAGGAGGAUCCUCGAGCUGAUACUGAUAAGAAGGACGAGACAGAAGCUAGUAAAGAGGAUAAGGAUAAUGAUGUGCCAGAGGAGAGUAUGGAGGAAGACAAGCAACCAGAGGAAGAGAAAGUGUCAGCCAGUUUGGACGCGAGCAGCAAAGAAAUGGAUGCUUCGCAGGAAGUCGAGUCGAGGAAAGAUGGCUCCAGAGAUGCUGUCGAAAGCCAGUCAGACGACAAGAACAUGGAAACCGAGUCGACGGAGAUCAGUGCAGAUGAUAAAAAGGAUAAAGGAACCGGUCAGGCGCAAACGGAACAGCGACAAGGGCAUUCCGGCGGUAAGAAGGAAGAGAACGCCCCCACUUCCGGUGAAGAGAAGUCAUCCAAGCCAAUUGAGAAGCGAAGGAAGCCAGGACAGAGCGAUGAGAACCGUAGUCUGCUAGACGACGAAACUCAGCCGUCUGCAAAGAAGUUGAAAACUGGACUGAUGCGUGACGAGCCGGAUGAUCAAGCGGAGAAGGAGAAUGACGCUGACAAUGGUGGCGCGAGUGAAACCUAUGAACACAUUAAAAAGUCAGAAGCCUUUGAUGAAGUGGUCUUCGACGCUGCCACCGAGGAGCAGACUAAACAGCAGGCGUCAAAUAUAGAAGAUGAACAAAUGGAUGAUCAGCCAGAUGAUGUCGAUAUCAAACUGUACGAAGAUCCUACACCUGAAGAAGAAGAAGAAAAGAAGGUAGAGAAGGAACGGUCUUCCAAAGUACAUGACAGUGAAAAAGAGAAAUCGUCUCGUGGGAAAGGUGAAAGGUCCGAUGUCACUGAAGAGACUGAAGCGACAGAAGUGACAGGUGAAGUUGAGGGUGAGAUAGUGGAGACAAGUCGCGUUCUACGUGGCAGUGAGUCCACCUUCCAUACAAACUUGCCAGAACCAGAAUCAUUGAGCAUUUCCACCGAGGAUAUCGCGAAGAAGAGGUCUGAGAUUGUGGACAUGUUAGUUCAGUGGAGUCGACAGUCAUCGUCCGUCGAAGCAGCGAAUGCUUGGAGCUCUAUCAGUACACUGACGGAGUCAGCUGCCAGAGAACUCAGUGAGAAAUUGCGUCUGGUGUUGGAACCGACGUUGACGACCAGGUUGAAAGGUGACUAUAGGACAGGCAAGCGCAUAAACAUGAGAAAGGUAAUCCCUUACAUUGCCAGCGAAUUCCGGAAGGACAAGAUUUGGCUGAGACGCACGAAACCCUCGAAGAGGGAUUACCAGAUUGUAUUGGCGAUUGACGACUCCAGCAGCAUGGCGGAUAAUCACUCGAAGGAACUGGCCUUCGAGUCACUCUCGUUGAUCGGCAAAGCGUUGACGUAUUUAGAAGUUGGUCAGUUUUCUGUCGUCAGCUUCGGGGAACAGGUGAACAUCAUUCAUCCGUUCGGGGAGAACUUCACCGAGGAAAGUGGCGCAAGAUUGAUUCAAGAGAUGAAGUUUGAACAGAAGAAGACAAUGAUUGGUCAACUGCUAGACUACGCGAUAGACAUGUUAUCAUCCCAGAGCAGUUCCACUGACAGUGCAAAGUUGAUAACCAUCUUGUCCGAUGGUAGAGGAAUAUUCUCUGAGGGAGUGGAGAAGGUGAACGCAGCUGUGAGAAGAGCCAAGCUGCUAAAUAUCUUCCUAGUCUUCAUAAUCGUUGACAACCCUCUCAACAAGAAUUCAAUACUGGAUAUCAGGAUGCCAGUUUUCGAGAGUGGCAAGCUGCUGGGCAUUCGAUCUUACAUGGACAACUUCCCAUUCCCAUUUUAUAUUAUUCUACGACACAUGGACACUUUGCCAGCGGUACUCAGCGAUGCCUUAAGGCAGUGGUUCGAAAUUGUCGGUAGAAUUGACACGUAACUCGCUGACUCGCGUUGUGCAUUUCAUUUAUAUUCCCAUUAUAUCAUUCCCAUAUUAUAAGAUACGACAUAGUAAUUAUUUAAUUAUUCAAAUAAACGACGUGCUGAACUGAA